AUGAACGAAAACAAGGCUUUUGGGGACUACACACGACAUGUUCGGAUGCAGCGUGACCCGAAACACACCGCACUCGUCGUCUCGCGACCAGGCAACGUCGUCCAUUCUCUCGGUCAUUAG